AAUCAGGGGCGGACUGACCAUUUGGAAACUCGGGCACUGCCCAAGGGCCCGGGGCCAGUAGGGCGCCCCAUGAGAUGCCCCUGGUACCUUUUUCAUAGGCUUUUUUGAGUUUGGGCAAGGACACAGGGGCCCCAUGAUCCCCUAUUGCCCGGGGGCCCCAUGAGUUGUCAGUCCGCCCCUGGUCAUAGCAACAUACAUAGAGCAGAUGUGUUUUCAUGCAUUGCAGCAAUAGCAUCAUACGCAUCUAUACCAUUGCGGGUGGGUCCAUGUUUGCCAAGUGCA